AUGACUGCCACUGUUUUCACUUUAGUAAAAAUUCCUAAGUUAGAGAAGGCAAUUAGGGUAAAGGGUUGGUCAGCCUGCCAGUUCUCACAAGUUCCGGUCUGCCUCGCCUGUGUCAGGGUCAGCUCUACUGUGCAGCCUAGGAGAAGUGCAGAGUCCACUUUGACCCUGAGUGCUGCAGCUGCUAAGCGGGAGGUUCAGCUGGCUCAUCAGUCACAGGCAAUGAGGAGUGAGGGCCUGGGAUCGCUGCACGGCUUCCAGGGUCGGCACCAUGAGCUCCAUGGAAGAGUCUUUCAAGUUGAGUAUGCUAUGAAGGCCAUGGAAAACAGUAGUACAGCUAUUGGGAUCAGAUAUAAAGAUGGUGUUGUGUUCAGGGUAGAAAAAUUAGUCCUUUCUAAACUUUAUGAAGAAGGCUCCAAUAAACGACUUUUUAAUAUUGAUCGACAUGUUGGAAUGGCAGCCACAGGUCUGCUGGCAGAUGCUCGUUCCUUAGAAGACAUAGCAAGAGAAGCGGCGUCCAACUUUAGAUCUAACUUUGGCUAUCACAUUCCUCUCAAACAUCUUGCAGACAGAGUGGUCAUGUAUGUGCACGCUUAUACACUCUACAGUGCUGUUAGACCUUUUGGCAGUUACGUGUUAGGGUCUUACAGUGUGAAUGAUGGUCCACAACUCUACAUGAUUGAUCCGUCGGGGGGUUAUAUGGCUACUGAGGCUGCAAAGACAGAAAUAGAGAAGCUUCAGAUGAAAGAAAUGACUUGCCGUGAUGUAGUUAAAGAAGUAACAAAAAUAAUUUAUAUAGUACAUGGAGGACAUGAAAUUGUUCCAAAAGAUAUAAGGGAGGAAGCAGAGAAGUAUGCCAAGGAGUCUUCGAAGGAAGAAGAUGAAUCAGAUGAUGACAAUAUGUAA